GAGGAGAAGAAGUGCUUUGUGUGCGACUCGUCAGAGCCCUACAACGAGCUGGCCAAUCGCACCGACAGCCAUCGCAUCGAGAACGUCGUCACUACGUUUGCCCCGAACAGACUGAAGACCUGGUGGCAGACUGAGAAUGGUGUGGAGAACGUCACCAUCCAGCUCAACCUAGAGGCUGAGUUUCACUUCACGCAUCUCAUCAUGACCUUCAAGCUGGACUCCCGUAUGGAGAUCAAAGAGAAGUACUACUACGCCAUCUAUGACAUGGUGGUGCGAGGAAACUGCUUCUGCUACGGACACGCCUCUGAGUGCGCCCCCGUCCAGGGAGCUGGGCAGAUAACAGAGGGCAUGGUUCAUGGUCACUGCUUAUGUAACCACAACACUAAAGGUCUGAACUGUGAACAGUGCCAGGACUUCUACCACGACCUCCCCUGGAGACCCGCAGAGGGACGCAACACCAACGCCUGCAAGAAGUGUAACUGUAACCAGCACUCGGACUCGUGUCACUUUGACGGGGCAGUCUUUGCGGCUUCUGGAAACGUGAGCGGAGGAGUUUGUGACGACUGUGAGCACAACACGGCUGGAAACAACUGUGAGCAGUGCAAACCGUUUUACUACCAGCAUCCGGAGAGUGACAUCAGAGACGCCAACAUCUGCCAGCCGUGUACCUGCAGUCCUCUGGGAACUCUACCUGGAGGAAACCCCUGUGACAGAGAAACAGGAAGUUGUUUCUGUAAACGUCUGGUGACCGGGCGAGACUGUGACCAGUGUGUGGGAGUGACGGUGGUCCAGAGGCCCCACCCUCAGGACCGUAGUCCCACUUGGACAGGCAUCGGGCUAGCCAACGUACCAGAGGGGGCCUUCUUGGAGUUCACUGUAGACAACGUCCCUCACUCAAUGGAAUAUGACAUCCUGAUCCGCUACGAACCGCAGCUGCCGGACGUGUGGGAGGAGGUUCUGAUGACGGUGAUGAGACCCGGACCGAUCCAGCCGGACAGCCGCUGCAUCAACACGGUGCCCGACGACGACAACCAGAUGAUCUCGCUUCACCCAAGUUCACGGUACGUGGUUCUUCCCAGACCGGUUUGUUUUGAAUCGGGUCUGAACUACACGAUCCGCCUCAGCCUGCCACUGUACGCUACCUUUGGGGAUGUCCAGGCUCCAUAUACGCUGAUCGACUCGAUCGUGUUGAUGCCUCACUGUAAGAACUUGGAGAUAUUCACAGGCUCAGAGGGCGGGGACUCGGGCGGGAAUGUCGCCUGGGAGACUUUCCAGCGUUAUCGGUGCUUGGAGAACAGCCAGAGCGUCGUCAAGACGCCGAUAACUGACAUCUGCAGAAACUUCAUCUUCAGCAUCUCCGCCAUGUUGCACCAGGGAGCUAAAGAAUGCCAGUGUGACCCUCAGGGCUCGCUCAGCACCGUGUGCGACCCCCAUGGCGGGCAGUGUGAGUGCCGCCCCAACGUGGUCGGCAGGAACUGCGACAGGUGUUCUCCGUCCACGUUCCAGUUUGGACCCAACGGCUGCCGAGCGUGCGGGUGCGACCCUCAGGGCUCUCUCAGUGUGUUCUGCGAUCAGCUGACCGGACAGUGUUCCUGCGUUUCGGGUGCGUACGGUCGGCAGUGCGACCGCUGUCUGCCGGGUCGCUGGGGCUUCCCCGCCUGCCGCCCCUGCUUCUGUAACGGUCACGCCGAUGUCUGCGACCCCGACAGCGGCCGCUGCAUCGACUGCAGGGACCACACGACGGGACGCGCCUGCGACAGGUGUCUGGAUGGUUACUAUGGUGACCCAGCACUGGGGUCAGGUGACCACUGUCGUCCCUGCAUGUGUCCCGACGGCCCCGGCAGCCCGCGGCAGUUUGCAGGAAGUUGUUACCGCAGCGAUGACUCUCAGCAGGUCACCUGUGUCUGCAACACAGGAUACAAAG